AUGAAUAUUUUGGAAUCAAGAAGAGAAAGACAUUCACUUUGUGAUUGCAGAUACCAAACUCGUAUCAAAUCUUUGAAAAAUCCACGAAUGAGCCAGGUUCGGUCCUUCACCAUGCUGCCAAGGAGACAUCCAGCAGCCCAUGAAGCCCCAGUAAAUGAGCAACAUGUGCCUGUGGCCCAACCACUUGAGGAUUCCAAGGAUGAAAAUUCUUUUGCACCUCUUAAUCAUCCAAUAGAUCUGCCAGUCCGACGGAGAGGAGGUGGCCCGGAGGAGAGCAGGCGUUGGGAAUCAGGAUUCAAGUGGAGGAGGUUCUGUAAUUUAAGGAGGUUCCUACUGGAAAACGUGUGCCUCUCGUUGCGACGAGAUUUCGUGGACGAGCAGUGGCGUGUUGACAGCAGACAAAGAUUGCAGAAUUUGUGUCAAGGCAUGAAAGCAAUUGAUGACUAUACGAUGGAAUUUUACAUGUUAAUUACUAGGAAUGAAGUGAUGGAAAUGGAGGAACAAUUGGUGUCGCGAUAUGUAGGUGGUCUUCGUCCCCAAAUACAGGACACACUGAACAUGUUUGAUCCCGUGAUAGUUUCUAAGGCAACAUGUCCUGGUAAUCCUAGCCAGGCUGAUUCUUCUAAGGCAAAUCCUGUGCAGCCGUCAGCACGUCUUGGGGGCGAUAUCCGUUGCUUCGCUUGCGGAGGUGUGGGUCAUAGGCAAUCUGAGUGUCCAAAAAAUUUGCUUAGAGGGCUCUUUGUUGAUGAUGGGUAUGGAGAUUAUGAGGAGGUGCCCGUAUUGGAUAAUGGAGAUGAUGAGGAUUAUGAGGAGGCGCCCGUAUUUGAUAAUGGAGAUGAUGAGGAAGCAGCAGAAGAGGAGGAGUUAGUUGUUGGUGACGUGGGGGCAAGCAUUGGUGGUGAGACUGAGAAACAUUCCAAACCGUAUAAGUUGGCUUGGUUGAAGAGGGGUAGUGAUGUUGAGGUAUCCCAGCGUGCUGUAGUCAGUUUUUCCAUUGGGCCUACCUACAAAGAUCAAGUUUUGUGUGAUGUGGUGGAGAUGGAUGCAUGCCAUUUGUUAUUAGGGAGGCCUUGGCAGUUUGAUCGACACUCGCUGCAUGACGGGUACACCAACACAUACAAUUUUCUGUUUGGGAGAAAGAAAAUUGUAUUACUACCCGACAAGAGCCUAGUAAAAGCAGUUGGGGACAGUACCAACUUGUUAACCAGAGCAAAAUUUGAGAUGGAGAUGGCAGAAUCUGGUGUAGUGUAUGUGUUAGUAGGCAGGAGGUUUUUCCAGACGAGCUUCCAGAAGGAUCGCCACCACUUUCGGGAUAUUCAGCAUCAGAUUGAUUUAGUACCUGAUGCUACUCUACCUAACCGGGCGCAUUAUAGGAUGAGUUUUACUGAACAUGAGGAGUUGCGCAAACAAGUGGAGGAGCUUUUGGCGAAGGGUUUUCUGUUUGGGGAAAAGAAAAUUGUAUUACUACCCGACAAGAGCCCAGUAAAAGUAGUUGGGGACAGUACCAACUUGUUAACCAGAGCAAAAUUUGAGAUGGAGAUGGCAGAAUCUGUUGUGUAUGUGUUAGUAGGUAGGUCAGUCGAUACUAAACAGGAGGUUUCCCAUAGAAUUCGCCCACUGUUAGAGAAGUUUCAGGAGGUUUUCCCAGACGAGCUUCCAGAAGGAUCGCCACCACUAUGGGAUAUUCAACAUCAGAUUGAUUUAGUACCUGAUGCUACUCUACCUAAUCGGGCGCAUUAUAGGAUGAGUUUUACUGAAUAUGAGGAGUUGCGCAGACAAGUGGAGGAGCUUUUGGCGAAGGGGUACAUCAGAGAAAGUCUUAGUCCUUGUGUUGUUCCUGCUCUCCUUAAGCCAAAAAAAGAAUGGCACGUGGCCUUGGAUGAUUUACUAGAUCAGCUUGCUGGUGCUUGUGUGUUCAGUAAGCUUGAUUUGAAGAGUGGGUACCAUCAGAUUCCUAUUGGACCUGGGGAUGAGUGGAAGGGUUGUAUGAGUGUGCUAACAAUGAUGAUCACGUCCAGCAACCUUCGAGAAGUUCUUUCAGUCCUUCGUAGGGAUGAGUUUUACGAUGCAUUGAAGAAGUGUACUUUUUUAACUGACCGUGUUGUAUUCCUGGGUUAUGUGGUGUCGAAGGAGGGGUUGGCAGUUGAUACAUCCAAAGUAGAGGCAAUUAGUAAGUAG